AUGAGUACUUCCUCGAAAGCUACCAACGCCGCAAAUUUCAAACAGGGUGCUUUUAACCCUUCGGCCCCUCGCGGCGACCCAAUUACCGACAAGGGCCAUCAACUCGGUCGCAAAAUCAAUGAGGCUGACCAGCAUCCCGAAUACCACGGGCAGCCAUUCCCUUCCGGCACCGCCCCAGCAAGCAACUCCCAUGUCCCCAACCCCAUUUCCUCAGUCCCCGGUCAAGGCAAUAACUCCAGUGUGAGCGCGGGACAAGAAAAUGAAGUCGCCACUUACACGUCGGCUUCGGAGACAUUACGAGGAGCCACCUCGGGUGAUGUGAACCGCGGCCUAGGGACACCGAUGCAGCGCCAGACCAACACCGAGGUCAGGCAUAACGGCGCGCAUGGCCGUAAGAAGCAAACUUCCGGGCUGGAAGGUAUUGGCUCCUCGAUGCAAGAGCGUGGUAGUGGUGGCCAGUUCGCAGAACAGCGUGCCCUCGAGCGAGAAUAG